GUCCCUGUUUCAUCUGCUCUUUGCCCCUGCCAGAACGGAACGUGUCACUACAACCCUGCCUCGCGAGCCGCCACCUGCUCCAAGUUCGUUGAGCUCCCGUAUGCCGAUGAAGCAGCCCUGAAGGAUGCCGUAGCCAAUAUCGGACCCGUGUCAGUUGCCAUAGAUGCGAAACAGCCUUCGUUUUUCCUGUACAGAUCAGGUGUCUACGAUGAUCCACGAUGCACUGGUGACACGAAUCAUGCGGUUCUAGCUAUCGGCUAUGGCACCCUGGACGGGAAGGACUUUUGGCUUGUGAAAAACAGCUGGGGUGAAUAUUUCGGUGACAAAGGAUACAUUCGAAUGUCCAGGAACAAAGGAAACCACUGUGGGAUUGCCAGCUUUGCUUCUUAUCCACAAAUAUAGAGGGACGCUCUGCUUCAGACUGCACUCUGGAGAUGUGGCCUCUUAAACUGCUAAUCUUAGCCUUGCUAUAAUCUAACUGCUCUGUUUGAGAACAAUGUACGGGCUCUAAUGGCAAAAUCCUCCCAUCAGAUCCAUCUGACGGAUCUGAGACAAGCAGCUGAAAUGAUGAAUGAUCAUGAUUGGUCUGGUCCAGAAUUUGGUCACUUUUAGCUUAUUCUCCCUAUCCCACAGGGGUGUUUGUAAUUGAUUAAUGUCUAUGCAUUGCUUUGCGCAUGUGAAGUGCUAUUUCAAUGCCAAGUAUUGUCACUGCCGCUGUCUCAAAAUGUGUUGGAGUGAAGGCCGUGUCAAACGGAUAAAGCUAGUCCAUGCGGUAGAGUUGCUGAAGCCACGUCAGAAGUGGAGAGGCGAAGAAGAUGGAGCAACACAUCCUAGCCACAUGUAUCAAUUUUCCACAAUACAGGUCACAAAGCAAUCGUUAGCAACCCAGGAGAUCAAGCAAACUAUGGACAUUCCUUGGAGGAGGGAAUGUGUUUUCCAAGGCUAAACAAAAUUGGGUUGGUAUCUUAUGCGAAGACCUUAGCACGCCAGCAGUCAGAAGCCACGGAGAAGGUCAGCAACGGAAACCAAGUGCUGCUGCUGUUAUAAAUUGUGACCUACAGAGUGAGGUCAGCCUUUGCCACCUGCAGCGCUUGGACCAAGGACGCAGUGCAGAGAUGAAAGGCCUGAUUCUCUCUCGCACUGCACAACCAUUUACCCCUGUGCAAAGUAGGUGUAUAAUGUUGCUGAAUCAGAAGAGCAGCAGUUUUCAGCCGAGGUAUCCAUGACUGCACAUGAUGCACAGUAGCAGGGAGUCAGGCCCAAAGGCUGUAAAUGUAGCUGCAGGUAUGGGAUGAGCGAUUGAAUGAAGAAUGAAGAAUGCAGGGAAAGGGUGAACCUGGAAUCCACAUUCCAGCUGCAAGUGCCAGCACGGCACUGGGAAUCACAUCUGCUGCCCUGCUCUACUCCACAGGCCACGGGGGAGCCCUGCUUCCGGAUCUGCCCUACUUUGCCCUACUUCGGAAUAUGAUUUGCAGACACCUAUUGACCGAAUCCUUGCGGGAUACAGUUUCAGAGUGAGGUCACACAUCUCUACAGCACAUGAAAUGCAUUCUCUUCUCUCCAAUUCAGCAGUGAGGUUGCUAUGAUGAUCCAGAUAGAAUCUCAUCUGUAAACAAUGCAUGUAAUAGAAAUUACACA